CAAUUAGCUUAUUGUUCCUCUCCGUAUUGUGCUGAGAGGAUCCAAAGGACUGGUGGGGGAACAGGCGAGCCAGGCGUCGCUGUGGAUGUUGAAGAAGGGAGUUACUCAAACCUCGGCGCCUUCCCUUGCUCAGUCUGGAAUUACAGCUGUUUCUUACAAAGCACUGUGUGUGGCGUGGUGGCGUGAGCACAAGGAACGUCAAGGACACCACUUGGGGUUAGGCUUUCUGAGCUUUUUCCACCUUUGACUAAUUCUCGUCAUUAUUAUGGAGCCCAACAGCCCCAAAAAGAUACAGUUUGCUGUACCCUUAUUCCAGAGUCAGAUUGCACCGGAGGCGGCAGAGCAGAUCAGGAAAAGAAGACCUACGCCAGCGUCACUUGUGAUUCUCAAUGAACAUAAUCCCCCAGAAAUAGAUGACAAGCGAGUGACCAACACACAAGGAGAACCACAGAAUGCAUCCCCCAAGCAGAGGAAGCAGAGCGUAUACACACCGCCCGCCAUGAAAGGGGUUAAACAUCUGAAGGGCCAGAACGAACCAGCAUUCCCUGAAGAAGAGGAAGCUGUAAAUGAAAGAGAGGAGCCAUGGGACCAUUAAUUGCCUGUCUGCAUUGGGAAGGCCUCCUGGGGAUAACUGAACUGCUAAUUUUUCUGAAUAUCCCAGGAACCCCAUGCCUUGAGUAUCAGACGCAUUCUCGCUCAUCUCUGCACUCCACAUGCUCGCAGCAGUAACACAGCUCCUGGAGCCCUCCUCCACCAAACUCUAGAACUCAGUACCAUGUGUUCCACACCAACUUCUAAUUAAGCAAGGAGUGUUUAUUUUAUAGUGAUUUUCCUUUGAACUUUGCAAACAUGAGUGUCUAACUUUAAUACUGCCAGAGCUUUGUCCCUUAUAUCCUACUGAUAGGGCCUACAUUCUAGAGUCAAGUGUAAAUAGCAUCACUUUAAUAGGAAAACAUAAAUAUUUAAUAUACUUAGGCACAAGUGUGUAUGGAAGGCUUAAUCAAAAGAGGAAUUUCCAAUGAAAGUUUUAAGACUAUCAUGUUUCUGAAUAGAGAACAGAACACAGAGCUUAUUUCAAAAAGAUGGAGAAAACAUGUCAGAUGUUGAUGAUUGGAAUCCCUGUAACAACAGAUACUAACCAUUCUACCCAGCCAACUGCACGUUGGUGGUUACCUAAAGAACCAUAGAAUUCUCACUUUUUAAGUUGUGCAAAUAGGGGCUGGGGAUUUAGCUCAGCGGCAAAGCGCCU